CGAUUGAAGAGGCUAUACGUACUUGGGAGGUGCUUGUGGAGAGGGUCUCCUAUACCUUAAAUUUGUCUUGAAUUUCCUGGUUUUGUUCCACAGAAAUACUUAUAGCUACCAACAGAGCAGAAGACCGGCGUCAGCGUCAUGGUCUCGUGCGCAUUUGCUACAAUACAGCAUAUUUGCACCGUCAUUGGCGCGCUAGGCGUCUGUAUAGUGCAGUCUUACUCCGCGUUCGGACCCCAUCACGAUCAAAACUUGCUGGGGCGCGAGGCCCCGAUGCUAGCUAGAGUGCGAUGGCGGCACUACGUCACAGUAAAGUGGUAGAGGCUGUUGCGAACGCAAAGUAGUCGACCAGCUAAGGUGUCAAUGGUCACGCGGACAUAGGGCGAUCAAGACUCUAAAGUGGCGCUCCCAGCCUUGAGCAAUGACGUCUGACUGGAGGCGUCGGCCGGGGCCUCGAGCUGGUAUGACUGGUAAGCGAGC